AUGAUGCGCUUCAUAGUCACGGCGAGCGCCGUCAUCACCGGCGGCUCGGCGGUAUACUUGUACCUCUUCCACCAAAGGCUGUCAUCGCGCAUCCAACACAAGUCGCAUAGCGGAAAGCUUUCAGCGCCGUCUCCGAAGCCGGUAGAGAUCGAGUCCGUUCCUGAAACUAUAUUUACGGAUCAAUAUUUUGCACUCUACGAUCAUUCAUCAAAGUCUGUGUCUCGCGACGCGCUCCCCAAGAAUGUCCCCACGGACGAGCUUUUCACCAAGCUAGUCCGUCGCAACAUGAACGCUUUUACUCGGUUCCCUCAAGCUUUGAUGAUUCGGCUUAUUAGUCGAGCUCCAGACGAACAGCGGAGCUUCAAGUCGUCUCAUAUCUCUUCUCUGGACUUCAACCAAGGAGAUCUGGUGGCUGGCGUGUAUCGCGUGGUCGCGCGUACCAAGAACAAGGUGGAAUUCGAGAUCACGAUGAAGAACAUGGAAUUUAUCAACGGUCGGCUUGCUCUAAGUUUUCGAGAAGCUGAGAGUGAGGUGGUUUUCUCCAGUGAGACUUUGAUGUGGAGACGGUCCGAUGAGACUCAGGCUAUGCCACUGGAAAAGCCGUUGUUGCGCUGGAUGCAUGAGACCGCUGCUUGGUGGUUACUUGACUCUGGUGUGAAGUACCUGAUGGAGAUUGAAAGUUGA